GGGCUGUCUGGUGAUGCACAGGCGCUCAAUCUGAUAUUUCUCCUGACGGACGACCAGGACGUUGUGCUAGGCGGGCUGACGCCACAGACCAAGAUCAAUCGGCUUCUCACGCAGCAGGGGGCACUCUUUGUCAAUGCUUUUGUUCACACACCCGUGUGCUGCCCCUCGCGUUCAUCCUUCCUCUCGGGUCGCCAUAUUCGCAACGGUGGGGCCAUCAACAACAGCGUCUCAGGCAACUGUGCCGGUCCAGAGUGGGUCAAUGUCGUGCAGCAUCGCACCUUUGCCACCCAUCUUCACGACGCUGGUUACUAUACCAGCUAUGCUGGCAAGUACCUCAACGACUACGCGCUCCCAGGCUCCCCCAAUUGCACUCACGAAACUCCCGAAGCCUGUGCAGCGAUCCCCCCGGGCUGGGACCGCUGGCUUGGCCUGUUUGGCAACAGCAAAUACUACAACUACACAGUCUCCGACGAUGGUGUUCCUGUCGACCAUGGAGACGACUACACCAAUGACUAUUUCCCUGAUCUCGUAGCCAAUCGCACGAUCGGCUUCAUCUAUGAGGCCGCCCGCGUCGCCCCAGACCGCCCCAUCCUCGCAGUCAACGCUUGGCCCACGCCUCACGGCCCUCAUCCCCCAGCUCCUUGGGCUGCCGGUCGCUACGCUGGCUACCAGGCACCACGCACACCCAGCUACAACGCAUCCUCAGAAUACAUGGCCACCAAAAACUACUUUAUGCGCCAGCUCGACAUGAUCUGGCCUGAGGACGCUCAGAGUAUCGACGUCAACUACCAGCAGCGCUGGGAAACGCUGCUCUCCGUGGACAACCAUGUUGAGUCUAUCGUUCAGGCUCUGGCCGACACUGGCCGCCUCAACAACACAUUCAUCAUCUACGCCUCAGAUCACGGCUUCCAGCUGGGGCAACAUCGCUUGCUCGGCGACAAACGCCAUCAGUACGAGAAUGACAUACGCAUUCCGUUUAUUGUGCGAGGGCCAGGCGUGCCGCCCAAUUCAACUGAAACGCGCACCGUUUUGAACAUUGACAUUGCUCCUACGCUGACGGAGCUUGGGACGGGCGCUGUGCCAGAUGAUAUGGACGGUCGCUCCUUUGCCAGCUUCUUCUCUGAGUCACCGCCCUCAUCUUGGCGUCAAGACUUUAUGAUUGAAUAUCAUGGCGAGGCUGGCCCGUGCGGCUAUUAUACCUGUCCUCCUGCGGCGCAUCCACACAUGCAUGAGAUUGAUGGCGUGAACAACACGUACACUUGCGUUCGCACGCUCAAUGAAACGGAAAAUUCCCUCUACUGCGAGUUUGUCGACGCGGAGCAGUACAAGGAGUACUAUAACAUUGCGCUGGAUUAUUGGCAAUUAAACAAUACCUUUGCCAGCCUACCCGAUAGCAAGCGCGAGGCGCUGGCGACCCGGCUGCAGCAGUUUCGCGAGUGCACUGGCGCGACAUGCCGC